UCGCGCCCAGCUCUGGGGAGGGGGACGGACACCGCCCCGCCGCACGGCCGAAGCAGCAUGCUGGGCUCACACGCCCCUCUCCGCGGAGCUGCCCUGCUCCUCUCCAUCAGCCUCCUGACGCAGUGCCAUCUGCAUGCAGCCCCCCUGCCCCUGGCGGAGAAUGCCCACCCUGAGGAGCCCCACCAGCCCAGCCCCACGCCCCCUGCCAAGGAGGUCCGGGCGAGAGCCCUGCCCGCCCCCAGCCGGGAAGGUGGGGACGCCAAGGAGGAGGAAGACGACGAUGAGCUGUUUGGAGACAUGGACCCCAAGGCCUUGGCCGCUGUCCUGCUACAAGCCUUGGGGACUGGGGGCCACAACACUCCAGACAAGCGCCGGGCCCCGGAUGAGGAGCGGGUGCAGAGCCAGAGCCGCAGCACCAGCCUGGGGGCAGGCCGGGCCCGGGAGCAACAGCUGGAGGAAGAGCAGGAGGAGGAGGAGGAGGGAAGCAGAGACAGCAGCUCCCAGGAACUGGAGAGCCUGCAGGCCCUGCUGCGUGAGCUGCGGCCUCUCGGCCCUGCGGACAAGCGGGAGCGGGCCCAGGGGGAUGCCGGACACAACGCAGUGCUGAAGGAGCUGGAGGAGUACGAGCGGCUGCGGGCUGGCACCAAGCGCCGGGCCUCGCUAGCAGAACCCUGGGCCGGCGCUCGGAAACUGAGGCAGCAGCAGCAGCUGGAGCACCAGCUCCUGCAGCGGCGCUAUGAGGAGCUGGCCGAAAGCCGGCGGCAGGCCGAGGAGGCCCGCAAGGCGGCCGCCGAGGAGGAGCGGCUGGCUGACAUGGCCUCCGACCUGCUGCUGCAGUACCUGCUGAAGAGCCGGGAGGACGAGGGCGAGCCGGGGGCUGACGCCCACGAGGAGGACGAAGAGGAGGAGGAGGAAGGCAGGUUCCGGGGCGGCAGGGCCAAGGGCAGCCCCUUGCUCUUCGAGGACGAGGAAGGCAACGUGGCGGAGGACAAGCGCUCCGAUGAGGAGGAGGACGACGACGACGUCAUUGACCCCAACACCAUCGACCAGCUGAUCGAGCUCUCCACCAAGCUGCACUUGCCCGCCGAGGACGUCGUCGACAUCAUCAAUGACGUGGAGAAGAAGAAGAAGGAGGCGGCAGCGGUGCUGCCCAAGCACCAGGCCAAGCCGCUCCCCUAUGCCCCAGCCCGGCCCUACGCUCCUGCCGCCCCCUGGCGCCGCCCCAAGCCGGACGAGCGGGACUGGAACGAGGUGCUGCACGGGGACGACUACCUCGCCCCCAAGAGGUACCUGGCCAAGCAGAACGACUUCUCCAACUACAUCCAGCCCAGGGCCUUCCAGCCGUCGUCCUACCCCCGCAGCCGCCACCUGCCGGGCUCUCUGGCGCCCCGGGAUGAGGCCGCUGCCAGCCGGGCCCGAGACGACGAGAUGGAGAACUACAUCGAGCAGGUGCUGAUGGACCACGCCCAGGCAUUCCCAUGAAUCCCCCCACAGCUCCCCAUGGAGAAGCGUGGUCAUUCUGAGUGUCCCAAGCAUUUCAGGUUGUGCAUGAGUCAGGAGAACCACCCCUCUCCCUCCUCGCGCCCGCAACGCCCCCCCAGACUUUAGGAUCCCCAGGUCCCACCAAGCCCACCAUGCUUGAAGGAACCGGGGUGUGUGUGUGUGUGUGGAAGACACGGGCCCAUCUGGCCAUGGGGGAACAUGCCUCCCCCGUCCUUUCGAGAAGACACUCUGUGCGGGUGCCAGUCCAGGGAGAACCCGAUCCCGACUCUCUUCUCUGACCCCCCAGGGUCAAGACCCCCGUGUGUCGUCAGCUGACAGGCGCAUCAGAAUUCGCCACAGCCCCUUCUAGUGCGGACACGGAGAAUGCCCUCAACCCCCAUUCGCUCUUCGCUCACUUCCCCUCUUAGCAUGCUAGACAGCCGCCAGUGAGGGGGAGGCCAAAAAAAAUCUAGACCAGGUCACUGAAAACAGAGCAAAGACCCAAUUGGCUCCAAAAUUCCCAUCCCAGCUUCAGCGUGUUGUUCCUUCUCUCAUCUCAGCAACUUCCCACCCUCCUCCCUUCUGUACAAUUUUCAAACCGAACGCAGUGGAGGGAAGCACGAUGUUUGGAUGUGAAAAAACGGAGAGGGCUUGUUUCAACAUGGACUUCUGGCCAGUCUGCGCAGGAGGAGAAAGCCAGAGCGAGUCCCGAGGGGGUGGCGGCGGGUGGGAUGGG